AUGGAGCGCAGCGGCCGCUCAAACGACUACCUGCGCCAGCCUGGCGGCGUGCUGGUGGCGAACUGGUUUGAGGAGCGCUGCGCCGCGUCGGGGCCCGCGUUGGACGCGCCUCUAGCACUCCAGCCUGCCGCAUGGCUCACGUCGACUCAGGAGCAGCAGCGCGCGGCGGCGGCGAUGCGCCCCACGCCGGCUGAGCCACCGGCGUCACGUUUCACGCCGGGGGCCCUCAAGACGAGCCUUACCGCGCACGGCGACCCGGGGGAGGCGCCAGUGAGCUACUGGGCGACGCUCAACUCACUGGCCUAUGGUGACAAGUUUGUGGGCAUGCCACGAGUCCAGGCGUUCCUCUUCACAGGCAAGAAUCUGGCAGAUGCCAAGGUGCCUGUCAGCACCACCUCGCUGGUGGCCACGUCCACGAUGCGCGCGGCGUGGAUGAGGGAUGCGGCUGCGGACCCUUGGACGACGACCUCCGCCUCCGCCGCCCAGGCCGCGGCGCUGGCGGCGCCGGCGGGGCGCCUGCAGGCGGCGCGGCCGGGGUACUAG